AGCCCGGGGCGGGCGGUGGGCACGGGGCAGGGUCAGGGAUAGCGUUCGCCGCGCUGCCGCCCCCGGCGGGAGCAUCCCGGAGCGGGUCCUUCCUCCGGCAUUUCCUCGCGUGUUCCCCUUGCCACCCCUCGCCCUCCCAGGAGAGCCGCCCCCCCGGGACGGUGUGACGAGGCCCGGGCACUGGGCAGAGACGGCGAUCCCCGGCGCCUCCCCGCCGCAGCCGCCCCCGUCUCCAUCGGGGGAGCCGGGAGCGUGGGGGCGGAGGGCGGCCCGGGGCAGCGGAGCCCCCCGGCCAUGGAGCAAGUCCAGAUGAUCAACAUCCAGCGGCUGCUGGAGGCGGCCGAGUAUCUGGAGCGAAGGGAGAGAGAGUGCGAACAUGGCUAUGCCUCGACCUUCCCCUCAGUUCCAAGCCCUGGACUGCAAGACCCAAAGCCCACACGGAGGCUGAGCCGGGCAAGGAAACACAGCGGCAGUGGCGGCAUUGCAAGUCUUGCCAACAGGUCUACGCACAACGAACUAGAAAAGAACCGCCGAGCUCACCUCCGCCUGUGUCUAGAACGCUUGAAAGUUCUGAUACCACUCGGACCAGACUGCACCAGGCACACCACGCUUGGGCUGCUCAACAAAGCCAAAGCACAUAUCAAGAAACUUGAAGAGGCUGAGAGGAGAAGCCAACACCAGCUUGAGAACCUGGAACGAGAACAAAGAUUCCUAAAGAGAAGACUGGAACAACUACAGGGUCCUCAGGAGAUAGAGCGAAUACGAAUGGACAGCAUUGGAUCUACCAUUUCCUCGGAUCACUCGGACUCGGAGCGAGAAGAGAUUGAAGUGGACGUUGAAAGCACAGAGUUCUCCCAUGGAGAAGUGGACAAUAUCAGCACAACCAGCAUCAGUGACAUUGAUGAUCACAGCAGCUUGCAGAGUAUUGGGAGUGACGAGGGUUACUCCAGCGCCAGUGUCAAGCUCUCGUUUGCUUCCUAGAACCAAGUGAGACAACAGUGCAGGGCAAAUGAUUUCACUGGGGUGAUCUGACUGGGUCGGAGAUGCCAGUAUCCUCUUUCAGAAAUGACAUAUUGACAGCUAGUCCUGGAGAGACCUGUAUAUAAAGCUUUUUUGGUAAAGGAAGCCUCCCCAGAAACCCAUAUUUGUUCAUUUGGUCAUGUUACCAAUCCCAAUUUGUGCUGGCAAAAAGUUAGACCAAACACUAGUCCCUUUGAAGUCAAUGAAAUACAUUUGUUUCUGUGGGACCUGGAUCUAGACCUUAGUGAUGAAACACUUUGCUUUGAAUUUAUUUGAAAGAGGAUACUAGAGACUCAUCCCUCUCUUUCUGUCAUGAGAUCUGAGAAAUGUCAAAAUUUCUUACAUUGCAUUCAGGUUGAACAACCUAAUUUAGGCCCUUCUGAGGAGCUUUUGUGGUCCUAAAAGGACUGUAUCCUACAGUUUAUCACAAUCUAAUGCUGUCAUAAUGUACUAGGAAAUCUAAGAAGGCUUAGCCUAGGAAUAACAGUGAAGAUGAUGAUUAAGGUCUCAUUCUGUGCCCAGGGGGAGAGGGGCAGUAAAGAGAGAUGUUCAGGGGAGAAGACCAUUCAACUCAGCUUUCUGUUGGACAUCAUUUAAAAAGUGAGUACCUCUGAUGCGUGGCUAAAGCAGGAGGUGCACACUUGUAAUCUACCAGCACACAGUGGGCUGUGGUGCCUCGGGCUGUGGCACCGACAGCAGGUCUCCCGGUAGAUGUGUGUUCAUACACAGCCAGCUGAGGGCAGAGCGAAACCAGCACACACGAGAGGUGACACACCAGAAAGUCAUGCCCAGAUACUGAGCCACUAUGACCUUUUUAUUUGAAGCGAUUUUUUGAUAAACAUUUGUAAAUGUGUUGGGAGGGAAAACACCCCAAGUCUGAUGCGUCUUUUUAGAGCUUGUCCAUAUGAAACCUUAGAUGUCUUUUAUAUGAAUUUAUGCCAUGAAAAGAUCUCUGUUUUGAUGAAGCACUUGACCCAAUGAAAUGCAAAGAUGCUUUUUUUGCCAUGCACACAAUGGAUGAAGGCUGUGCUAGCUGGAAGAGGCCAGGUUUGGUGGGGGUUUCUUCAGUUUUCUUUUUAGAAUCAUUCCCUUUGCUGACUUUUGAAGUUCCAGUCCAGUAGUUAACCUAGUUAAGCUCAGCACGUCUCUCAUGUUAAUGUAACGUUUUGACUGCACGUCCUGUUCCCAAGGGCCUUGCCAUCCUAUCUGUGCAGGUGCUGUUAAGAGCUGUUAUAGCGAAUGUUUUCUAAUUUUCUCCGAGACAAGCAUUCUAACCUGCACUUUGAGGGCUUUGCUUUUUUAUUUUUUGUCUUUUUAAUGGCCAGGAUUAUUUUGUUUUCCAAGUUUUAAAAACCUUAAUAGAGUCUUCACCUAUGGCAUUGUUUGAAACUUUGUAUAUCCUUAAGUAAUUUAACUACCCCUCAUUACUAAGAAAAAAAAAAGAGGAAAAAAUGCUUUAUAAAAUUCAUAACUUAUUGCUGAUUUGAAUGGGUUGUUAAUUUCAGUCCUUUAGAUUUUAUUUUAUUGUUUUAGGUAGGGUUGGGCAAAAAGAAGUAAAAUAAAAUAAAAAAUAAAGACAACCAUAUUUAGCAGUGCAGUGGAAUUGUGUUUAAAUGUUAGCAUAUGGUCCCCAUUAAAGUAGCACUUUAACGCCAUUAAACAUUUCUGUAUCUGAAA